GUAGUAAAUGAUACAGUUUUGUAAAGUUGGCGUUUGACUGGAGUGAGAAGGAUUGUUUUAAAAGUGACGACAGAAACAGCAGUGACUUUCACCCCUGUUAUGAACAAGAGCGAAGAGGCAGAGAGAGGAAGAAAUCCUCUCAGCCCAGGCAACAGCUACAAGAUAUUUUUACCAGAAUGGACAGCCAGGAGGUGGGGGGUUUACUGGAGGAGUGCCUCAGAGCAGCUAAGCAGUCCAUCCAACCCACUGAGGCAGAGGGGCUCAACUACUGUAGCUGCAAAGAUUCGCUGUGUGCAGAGCUGGCCUCUCUCCUGCAAGAGGCAAUGGAGAUGAAGUGGCCCUUUGUGCCGGAGAAGUGGCAGUACAAGCAGUCAAUCAGUGCCAAUGACAAGACCAACCUCAGUGACCUCAUCAGCAAACACCUGUCUCCGCUGCUGGCUGUUCUGAAGGCCUCCAUCGUGGCUCACGAGGCAUGCACGGCGCUGGCAGUGGUCUUUUUAGUUGACCGUUUCCUCUACUGGACAGACGAGUCCAGCCGGUUGCUAAGGAUCACCAAGCUGCUCCACAGACGCCACCCCGACACCCCUGUGGCUCCCCAGCUGGUCAUACGGCAGGCCAGAGUCUACUUUAACUCUGGCAAACUGCAGAAGGCAGAGUACAUACUGAGCAGUCUGAUUAACGACAGCGGGGCCACAGGUUGUUGGGUGUACCACAAUGAAAAUGACAAGGCUCUUGUGCAGGCUGUGAGUGUUCAAGUGCGUGGAAUGAUUUUACAAAAGCUAGGCCUGUGGCGCGAGGCUGCAGAGCUAAUCUGGGCCUCUCUGGUUGGCUACUACGCACUUCCUCAACCUGAUAAAAAGGGCAUUGGAACCUCUCUUGGCAUACUGGCCAACAUAUUGGUGUCUAUGAACGAUGAGGACUUCCACGCUUUUAGGACUAAUCCAGAUAUAGAUUUGUCUUUCCUCGGGGAUGGGAGUCAUCGUCUUCUUUCAGCAGCCCAGGCAGCUAAGAUGGCGGUGGUAUACAGCCAGUACACUUCACUCUAUGUGUUGACCAAUGUGGCAACUCAAGGGACCUGCUUGUUAUCGUACAGUUUCUCAGUGCAGUGCCCUGCCUCUGAAAGACAGUCUUUCCUCCUGCAGGCGAGAGAGGCAUUUGCAAUCGGCCUGCUCACUAAAGCAGAGGGCGAGCUGGUCACCAGCAAGCAGGAGCUUCACACCUUCCUCAAGGCUGCCUAUUCUCUCACUGUUGCUCACAAAUGGCUUGGCACUCCUCUGGAGGUUGUGGUACAGGCAACUCAUGCUUGCCAAAAAGCUUUAGCAAAUUUCUAUGACUACUGCAGUGCAGAUACUCAAGAUAAAGACAGCCUCUGUGCUGAAAUCAUGCACCUGGUCACCCAAGUCAAGCUUCUGUUGCAAGUAGAGCCUUUCCGUAAUUCAGAUAAGGGGUCAUUUAUUCCCGACAGCUACAAAAACAUUAAAGAUGCAAUGGUCAAGUUCACUCUGGAAGGUUUCUGUAAGGUGAUGCAGAGAUUCCAAAAGUAUCACGCAUCACUUUGUGAGGCAACUAACACAAACUGUGAGGGGACCGGUGAUGAGAUAGACGGGGCGAGGUUACCAGUAUGUAUUACCGCACUGGGGACGACCAUUGGUACACUUAACACAGAAUGUAGCACCGAAGCCUGCAAAGUGUCACUCAAAGGAGAGGAGCCACAACAGAGAGGUUCAAAGUCAUCUGCUGUGCGCCCACCUCAAAAGCCUGAACUGAGUAGCACUGUAGGAAGCACAGAUGACCUUGGCUCUUCAUGGCAGAACUUCUCCUUAAGUGUUUCAGGGUCUCCCAGGCCCAGCAGCAGUGGCUUCAUAGGAAGUAGUGCCGUUGAACGUGAGGUAAAUGCACAUAAUCAGAGCCUGCUGACCACUGAGGUUGAUGACAGGUCAGAUAGCAUUCUGCAGUCUGCUGAUAAAAACGAGAAGCAAGACUUACAGGGUUGUAACCCUGGUUUCAGUUCCCAUACACUCCCGACAUCUGCAAUACCAACCACUUCCUCCUCCAAUGCAAGUGGUGAUUCAGAGAAGUUUGAAGUGAUACAAGCUGGAAUAGAGACACUGGGCACUGAGGAGGACUGGAUGACCAACGUUGUUGAUGUGGCGCUGAAACCGUCAAUAGGCGAAGGAGCAGCGCAAUCCUUAUCCCAGCUAGCUCUCAAAACAUCCUCCAGCUCUCUUGGUGACAGUUUCGGUUCCCAGUCGUCAUGGGAGAAAAUCCCAGUUGACCUAAACUCCCACACAAACAGAACACCACAGCCAAGCAGCCAUUUAAAAGCAGGAACCAAAGGCCAAAGCAGCAAGUCACCAGAUUCCAAUGAGAGCUUCUUCCUCUUAGAAACACUUGAUCCUGAAAGCAGCGAUUCAGCUCAUGAUCCCACACACAAAAAACACACAUCUGGAUGGGACUCCAAACCUUUGCAGAGCCUUAAUGUUGACCCAAAUAUGGACACUGAAGUUGACUCAGUAUCUGUAAAACCUGACGCCAAGAACUCUUUAGCAACCCCACACCCAAACCUUUCCCACUUAGUCCUAGAACAGUGUGCUUCCACUGAAACCUCCUCAGAGAGUUCAUUUGAGAUGCUGGAGGAGCAUCAGAGUGGACACCAGGGCAGUGAAGUUACAUUUUCAGAGAAAGUAAAUGGCCCCCAGAUGACGAACCCCUGGUGCUACAGCUGCCUAGAGCACAGCACUGUAGCGGGUGUCGUCCCUGAGAGACAGUAUUUGUUGUCAAAGCAGGAUUACCAAGCCCUACUGGCUGGAGUUUGCCAUGAAUGUCUGCUGAAGAGACUGCGCAGUGACAAGAUACAAUUCAAACUAAAGGCACACAAAACUGCCUACAGUGCUCUUCAUUUAAAGUUCUCCAAAGCCACAGGACUGUGGACAGCAAGGGAGACCUGUGUUUACAUCGGAGAGCCGAUGGGGGUGCAGGGCAAGCAGAGAGAGGCAAUAUGGGUGCAGUUUUUACACCAGGAGGAGAGGUUAAGCAGUUAUGUGGGGAAAGAUUACUUGGAGCCAAAGGAGAUCCAGUUCCACCUGAAAGAUGUGGAGAGACAGAUGACAGCCCAGUACUAUGUGACUGAAUUCAACAAGAGUCUUUACGACAAGGAAGUCAUGGCUCAGAUCUUCUUCAUUCCCUCGGAAGCGCUACUUAUUCUGAAUGGAAAUGAGAUUGUGGGGUGUGUAACAGUGGAGCCCUACAUGCUUGGAGACUUUGUCAAACUGACCAACAACACUUGGAAGAAGGACAAGAGUUUCCAGGCUACAGAAUAUGGCCUUGCCUUUGGACACUUCACCUACCUGCUCUCUGACUGCCAGGAAGUGGUUGUUGACCUGCAAGGGUGGGUGACAGCCAAUGGCAAAGGGCUGACCUACCUCACUGACCCCCAGAUUCACUCCACCAAGACCCCCAGAGGCCCCUCCAACUUUGCCGCCAGAGGCCUCAGUUUCUUCCUGGAGCAGCAGCAUGGACCAGAGUGCAAUGACAUUUGCCAGCUGCUCAAACUACCUCCAGUUGUCAGACAGUCACAUGUUCUACCUUAGAAAGUUUGAGGAGUUGUUGAGUGUUUGCACUCUCAAAUAUGUGAAAACUUGACAUAUUUUUAGCUUAGAAAAUAUAUGAGAAUAUGCAUUUGAUGCACCUUCCUGAGAGGUUUACUGUAUUUUUCAUUUACAACUAAUAUAAAUUGUGUAUUUUUAGCUUCCUGAUUCUGAUAACCUUAGACACACUACACCAGAGGCUGAUACAUAGAUUUACUGUACCUCUCAUGUAAACAUAACAGUAUAAUUUUAUGGAAAAGAUCAAAUCAAAGAAAGUAUGAAUGUAGUUUAAGCACAUUCCAUCUGGGGUGCUGAAUGCAGGGCUCCCACAUAUUUUCAUUGACAAGACUAUUCCAUGAUUUCUUUAGGAGCCAUAAUAAAAUGUCCAAAACUGUUCACAACAUAUAACACAAACAAAAUUGUAAAGUAUACUUUACUCCCAAUGUCAAUUCUUGUGUGAAAUUAAUAAUUAACCUUGUCUAAUCUCUAAUAGUGGGUUAUGUUCAUAUUUACUUCCAGUACUUUAAACCACGGGCACAGUCAUACAAGCACUUACAGUAGUCAGUAGUCUGGCACUGGCUUUUAAGCAUGAGGGAAAUAGAAAUUAUUUUACUAUCAGUGUAUUCUUAAUGCUUUUGAUUAUAAAGUCAUUUCUGGAUAAAAGACUGAAAAAAAACAUGAAAGGUUAUCUGCAGAAGAUAACUGUAACAAUUAUUCCUCGACUUUCCCAAAACUUUUAAUGAUUUUUACCAGUUCAAUGACUUUUCCAGGCCUGGAAAAUAUGAUUGUGAAAGCUGAAUAUCUUUCCCCACGUGUAAACAGACUCGUUCACUUUUAAGGAUGGGUCAGGUGCUUAAAAAAGCUCAAUGAUAAGCUAGUCUCAUGUUUCCAUGUUUGAAAAUGGAAAAAGAAAUGAUCGAUUUUAUUCAAAAAAUCGUCAGAAAAUAACAUUUUAUGAUUUACAGCCACAGGAUUGCAAGUUGAAGCUCGAUUGUACUGCUAGAAAUAAUACUUAAAACUUGUGUGUUUUGUUUUGAAAAUAAUGUUAUUGUAACGAAUCACUGUCUCAUCACUAUGUGACUGGAUUGCUGUCUAACUGGAUUGGCAGUGCAGGAAUCACCUGACAGUGUGACAGACAAUGAAGCAUGUGCUUUAUGAAAAUUUUCCAUCAGGAGCACUGUGUUGAUCUGAACUUAUGUUGCUACUAUUAACACCCUCGUGGUAGCUGUUCAGCUUUGCUGCAAAAGUUUUGUCCAGUUUAAUUUUUAUUAAAUAACCAUUUCAUUUGUUUCAACUGCAGAUAGAAAAUAACCUUGUAGACAUGCCAACAUGAGUAGUAACUUUUAAAAUGUAUGAAUAAGAUGUAGGUGACUUUGUUCAAACAUAAAGGGGGUGUGAUUGAAUACAUAACCCCAAUAUGAAUACAACAAAGUGGAAAAUAUUUACUUAAGCUAUGUAGCUUAGCCAGUAAGGUGACCGCUCUGCAUUUCUAAGGUCCAUCCAUCUUUUUCUUGCUAACGUCCUUUUCUUUUGUCACUGACAAACAUUUGUGUAAAUGUUAUGCAACUAUAUAUUAUGAGAACAAAGCAUUGCUCUUCUGCUCUUUUCACCUUGAAACCUAUCAUAGUGGUGCAUGAGUCAGAACAGUAAAACACCGAUAGCCAUGAAGGAGAGUAUGAAUUAUCCUUGUUAUAGGGGUCGACACAUUUGUGUUGACACAAAAUAACCUUCUAUUAUUCACAUGAACUGUGAUGACAAUAAUUUGAUCCCUGAACAGAUACAGGUGCUAAUAAUUAAUUACGUUUUUUAGAGUCCAACCUAAACAUGGAAAGUACAACUUUGUUGAAUGUACAAGGAGUGCAUUUUCCAAAAGUUCUGCCUCCAAGGGACAGCUGGUACAGUGGAUAGGGUCGGUUGGCUCACCUUGUUCAGUUUAAUUUCUAACACCUUUUGUUUAAAUACUAAGAUAUGGAGUUUGACUGUCUCUCAAGUUUCAUUUCAGUGGCGUGUAUCAGCUCACUGUGGUUAUCAUAGUCUACAUGUAGCCUAUAGCUUUAUGUUGGCUAUUGAGCUUGUUAAAGUUAAUAGUUGAACUCUGCAUAGUCAAAAUAUGCUCAAGGUGUUGAAAUGUUGGUCUGUUUUUUUACAUGGCACAUUAAUUUAGCUUAACAUUCUAACUCUCUUAUUGGACAAAGUAUACCUUAAAACAUGAAUUGACUUCAAAGUGAGUCAAAAAGCCUUUUUCUUGUUUUGUUGACUUUUUAUUGAUUUGUGAUAAGGUAGGAGCUAUAGACAAUACUGUCCCAACUGUAGCUGUGUCACUGUCCCAUAUGUUUGUUUUUUUUGUAUGGUUAUGAGCAUGGUGAAUGGCAUAGGGAUGGUUGCUUUCUUACUUACAAAAAAGGCACUGUCCCAAUUGACCCCACUUUCCCCUACAUACAGUAAAACUGCAUGAUUGUAAGUCACCUUGUUUUUUUGACGUUAACUUUCACUGUGUAAGCCAAAUGCAAGUGUAAAUAGUGAAAUA